UCCAGCAAGAUCAGUUUGAGAUCAUCUCUGCAUCAAAAUGCUUGCAGCCAACGGGUUAAAUUUUGCAAUCUUUUCGAUAUUUUUCCUUCUAUUGGUUUGCCAUAUUGAAACAAACUAUGGUGAUGAAAUAACCAAAGAUGUCGGAUCACUCGAGCCAAGUAAAGUAACAUUUUGGGAACGCAUUGUGAGCGGUGUGAAGAACUAUCCCUGGAAAACGGACAAAAUAGAGAAGGAAAGCAAGGAAACUGCUGAAAGGAGAGCCGUUUUUUGGCAAAGGCUUACGAUGGCCACAGUUCUUUAAUAAGUAACUUGCUUGUAAACUACCCAAAAAUCUAUGAGUUUUUCUAUUUUUUUUGUCCAUACUACUGUUUCAAUAGAAUUCAAUUGGAAUAAUAAAGUGAAAACAAUUUUGGAAGCACACAUUGUUAAAAGAGAUUAGUGUAUAUUUGUUGAACACAGAAAAUGCCUUCCCCUUUAAAUAAAUAACUAAAUGAUAUAGUUUUUGACUGUGCA